GGAGUGUAAGAAAGAACAAUUGCUUUGGGUUACUUUUGCAUUCAGAGCCCAGAGAGGGAGUAGAGGUUUAAGCCAAUGUUGCUGUUGGGGUUUCUUCCGUGUUUUGUCAUUACAGAGUGCAGACGCACUGCACUGGUUUGGUGAACCUCAACCAUGUCUAUGGCGGUUUCAGUUUCAUCUUCCGAGGAAAGUGAUUGGGGCCAAAGGGUAUCGGAAAAGGUUCUUUCUUUCUACGCUUCUCUUCCCAAAAAGGGCAAACCUCAAGGCCGUGAAGUCACUGUUUUGGCUGCUUUCCUUCUCUCUUCUCCUUCUAAUGAAGAAAAAAAAGAGCCUUCUUUCGAGUUAAGGAGUUCACUAGUUCAUUGUUUUUUCUCCCAAGAGUUGAAGGUUGUUGCAAUUGGAACGGGAACAAAGUGCAUUGGGCGUUCUCUCUUGCGAACUUGUGGUGAUGUUGUUCAUGAUUCGCAUGCUGAAGUCAUUGCUAGAAGAGCUUUGAUGAGGUUCUUCUAUACACAGAUUCAACAUCUUACUGAAACCAGUGGUAACCACGGACACACCAAUGGAGGCAAACGGUUUAAAUUUGAUGAUGGUACCUUGCCAUUUGAGUUGGAUACAGGGUGUCUUAAUAAAGGGAAAUAUACUUUGAGGAAGGAUUGGAAAUUACAUAUGUACAUAUCACAGUUACCAUGUGGAGAUGCUUCACUCAGUUCGGCUGUCUCUCCUUUGGAAACUGUUCCUUUAGGAGAAAGAGAUUCAACUUCAUCUUUGGACAACGGUUUAAGCCAACAGGGGAUGGUCCAGAGGAAGCCGGGUCGUGGUGAUACAACGCUGUCAGUUAGUUGCUCUGACAAGAUAGCUCGUUGGAAUGUUGUAGGUGUUCAAGGAGCAUUGCUUUCCUACUUUCUUCAACCUGUAUAUCUUUCUUCAAUCACUGCUGGUCUUCCCAUUAACAGUCCCGGGAAUUUUCAUUUGGAGGAUAACAUGAAAAGAGCUUUGUAUGAAAGAAUCCUGCCCUUAUCGAGUGAACUGACGUCUCCAUUUCUGGUGAACAAGCCGAUAUUUCACGCUGCACCAGUACCACCAAAGGACUUUCAGCAAUCUGAGAGUGCUGCCAACACUUUAACAUGCGGAUAUUCUAUAUGCUGGAAUGCAUGUGGGUUGCACGAAGUCAUACUGGGAACCACUGGAAGAAAGCAAGGCACCUCUGCAAAAGGGGCACUCUACCCAUCAACGCAGUCAUCUUUGUGCAAGAUGGAGCUGAAGAAUAUAAUCUGGCUUCCAAAAUUUUCAAAGGGAAGCCACCUUUUAACAGGUGGUUCUUGAAACCCUUAGAUUGUGAGGCAUUCCCCAUUUCAGAAUAAUAGAGUCCUUCUUUGGUUUUGUCAUCCAACUUCUGUAAUCUGAGAAUGUAGCUCAAUUGGACAUGGUUGCACAUUCUAAGAGACAGGGGUAGAAUAGAAGCUUUCAUAAAUUAAAAAAAAGGGUGGGAAGAUUAAAAGUGGAGGGGUGUUUAGAAAAUCAUUGUCCAAUGUAGGAGACUGAUAUCUCACUAUGGGCUUGCUGUGAAGCCUGUAUUUUUGGGCCUAGAAGGACUUGAUUAUCUAUUUCUUUCAUUAUUGCUAAAUGAAUCCGUAUCACUACUAUCGGAAACUCUUGGGGGUAUUUCUUUUAUAGCACUUUGUAUUACUACAUUAAGCCUGUGGUAAGAGAGGUCGAUGAUGGUGUCGACUAAAAAAGCAUCAAAAGAU